AUGCACCCCGAGACGAUGACUAUUCAAGCUCAAAACGACGUGACGAUGACCGCCGAAGCUCCCGACGAGACAGCCCUCGACGUAGAUCCUCUCGCAGCCCCCGGCAUCAUCAUAGGGACAGAUCUACAAGCUCAACUGGCGACAGGCGCAGACGCAGACAUUCGCGCAGUCCCCGAAGAGAGCGCAGAGAACGAUCAACCAGUUCCGCCGCAGAAGACCGCCGCAGACACAGAUACCGCAGUCACCGACAUCGUGAUAGUCGCGGAGAUGAAGAACGAUCAUAUAAGAGACGCCCGCGAUCCCGUUCUCGCUCACCACGACCAUCGCGCAGCUCUCCACCUCGUGCAUUGCAACGCAGCGGUCCGCUACCUUCACAAGAAACAAAAGCCCAAUUUCAGCUCUACCGGCAGAUUGGCGGCAGAAAGCAAUACAGUUCAAGUCCAAGGCGGAGAAGGAAUCGUCUUGAAAUACCAUGAGCCUCCAGAGGCUCGCAAACCACCUGCCAAGGAAGCGUGGCGUAUGUAUGUCUUCAAGGGAGAAGAUCUACUAGAAACUGUGGAACUUCUGGAACGCAGUUGCUGGCUUGUCGGUCGCGAGCGAACUAUCGUGGAUUUCCCUCUCGACCACCCCAGUUGCUCGAAGCAGCAUGCUGUGCUCCAGUUCCGAUUUGUUGAAAAAAAGAACGAAUUUGGUGACCGUAUCGGAAAGGUCAAGCCUUACCUCCUUGAUCUGGAGAGCGCCAAUGGCUCUAGUGUUAACGGGGAGACCGUACCAGCAGGUCGCUACGUGGAGGUCAUGGACAAAGAUGUGAUUCGCUUUGGAUUGAGCUCCCGCGAAUACGUUCUCAUGCUACCUCCUAGCUGA